AAGUGACUGUCUUCUCCAAGCUCGUCUGCCUGACUUCAUGUACUGCAUACUCAAAUCCCAAUAUCGUUAUUGAAUACAUAAGUAACAUGUAGCUAGAUGGUGAUGAAUAUCGAAUUCAAUGCAUGAUACACUUAACUUGGUUCUUUUCGACGUGUCCAUAGCAAAUGCGAAGGCACCAAACUUCAGCAUCCAUUUCUGCUUCGACCCAACACGGUACACAGGAUAAAGUACAAUGAGUGGUGGAGACUCCCAAGCACCCAAAGAAAAAGCGCACUCUCAUCUUCUGAGGAGAGCUUCAAGUCAGAAAAUGGCUCUCAAAGAAAAGAUUGUACAAAUCUACGAAGCUUUCUUUCAGGGAGAUGACCCAUCUUAUGGCAAUCCAAACUUUUGGGAUGAGUUGUUCUUAUUAAGGGUAAAUACAGGCUUUAUUGAAAAUGAGAUUGAAAAGUUAAAUGGAGAGAGUCUUCUCAGUCUCAAGGACAACUUCAACCUACUGUUUUUCCGAGCAACAGACUGCCUUAAGCAAGAUCAUCCUAUCAGAGUUGCCAAUGCAUUGCAGACUCUAUGUGCAUUGGUGCGAGGAAUAUUCAACAAAAGUCUAGGCAACUAUGGCUUUGAUGUCAUCAACAUACUAAUCGGAUUUGACUCUGCAGAAACAGUGAUGCAGACGUUGAUAGACAGCCUUAAUGGAUUCUUGACUGGAGAUUAUGUAUCAGGCCUAAAGCUGCUGACGCUAAAGCUGCUGUUGGUUUUCAUUACGGCUGCUGACAACAUAAGUCAAAACACAUUGCUGGAAUACAUUAUGAUGAACAGUGUUUUUGAAGCACUUAUACAGAUCCUUGGACAUCCCACACAACGGCAAGUGCUUGGUCAUGACGCAGCCUUGGUCCUUACAUUACUGGUCCAGUACAGGAAAUAUGAAUCAGCAAAUCCAUAUGUUGUCAAACUCUCAAUUCUGGACGAUGAACUUGCACUGACUGGAUAUGCACAGGUGGUGUCUACACUAUUAGCAGAUUUCAACAGAGAGUAUGAACGAAAAAGUACUGAGCCACAGGGUGGAUGGUUUUCAACAUUGGCAAACAUGAUGGGCAACAUGUUCGUUGCCGAAGAAAAACAAAUAGAGCUUGUCAGAGCCAAUGACUCUAUACUUCUUGCUCUGUAUGAAGCAAUUCAUCUAAACAGGAACUUCAUCACUGCUCUAACUCAUUCUCAUACACCUUCUACACCUACAACGCCACCUUCAUCUCCCAGCCCUACUUCUUCACCUGGAGCAAAUUCAGAGAGUAAUGUUAAAGACCCUCCACCUCUGAUGGCUGAGGCAGCAAAUACUACUCAACCAACCAGUCUGCUGGUUACAUUCCUUCAGUACAGCUCUAUUGUCAUUCAGGACACAAAAGACAUCACGAGGUAUAACAAUGCUAAAUUAUGCUUCAUCAUUUUAACCUGCAUUUCAGAGGAUCAGUAUGCAAACUCCUUGAUGCAUGAUGCCAACAUGACUUUUCGUGUUCCACUUCACCGAAUGCCUAUGCGACAUCGCAAAGUGAAAGUUGAAGUUCACCCGCCAUCCAGACCUCUUGUGUGUUCUCUUUUAGAUCUGAUGGUGGAAUUUGUAAUGAGUCACAUGAUGAAAACAUUUCCAAUGGAGCUCUAUCUGAGAGGGCUGGGUAUAGUUCACAGAGUGCUGUGCUACCAGAAGAAGCUCCGUGUUCGAAUACAGUAUCCCUGGAAGGAGCUGUGGACCGCUCUUAUAAACCUGCUGAAGUUUUUGCUCUCUCAUGAGACUCAGCUGGCCAAGAAGUAUAACAUCUUUCAUCUUUGUUCCAAGAUUGUGAAUGUAUUCAAUUUAUUUAUCACAUAUGGAGACACUUUUUUGCCCAACCCCAACAGCUAUGAUGAGUUGUACUAUGAGAUCAUCAGGAUGCACCAGACAUUUGGCAAUCUGUACUCUAUGGCUCUUCGCUACACCACAACAGAUAAUGAGCACAAAGAAUCUGCUGCACGGCUGAUCAACCAUUUAGUUAACAUAAGAGCUAUCAUUAACCAUUUCACUCCAAAAGUAGACUCCUGGGCAGCUGCAAAUCAGCUGUCAUCACUUACUGAAGAACAGGUGCUUGAAGUUGUGCGUGGAAAUUACGACACGUUGACGCUCAAGCUGCAGGACAGCCUGGACCAGUUUGAGCGCUAUGCUGAGAAACCCAAAGAAGUUCCAUUUUUCACUAACAUGGUACGAUCCAUCAUCUGUGAUGUGAGGAAGUGCAAUCUGUCAAAUAUGUCAGCACAACAUCAAGAACUCUUGCAGGAAUUGUCUACUAUCAGCUGAGAGUAUUUUGAAGAUUUUUGUACAAAUUUGGUAUUUGUGUGGUCUCAACUGAAAGGUUUUUUGACAGAGAGUCUGGUCAGCACUUCAAGACAACUAAUAAGGGUUAAAGUUGUAACUGAUAUGCUUUUGAAUGGUUUCUGUGGUUGUAAUGAGGGAGGAAAGAAUGUAUGCUUGCAUGGAUACAUGUGUACUUUCAGUACCUGGACAUUUUGUGCUGGACAUUUAACAUUUAUUAAAUGCAAAGAUUUUUAUGAGCAGUUAUAAUGAAUAAUUAGCACAGUCUAUCAUAUGCUCAACUGCAGGUUAUUGGAUAAUCUGGUAUUCUUAGAACAUUGGUUUGUUGAUGCAAAAUCUUUGAGGGUGAUAAGGUAAAUGUUUCUAAAUUAUGUUUCAUGUUUGGUCACUUAGUUCUGUGAGAGAAUGCUUGGGUUACACAGUUUAAUUAAAGUCAUGGAUUUUUUUUUUUUAAAGUACUGCAUGCCGUUGAUUUUCCAGCUGUUUUAUCAAUUUCCUUACCAGACAUAAGUUAAGGACUGUACAGUAGUGCUAUAUGUGACAUCAUCAUUAUGGAUGCACAGUGUAACAAUGAAUAAAUACUGUUUUUAAACAAAAAGUCAAAAAAAAAUUUUUUUUAGUGCAAUGAUCUCCUUUUGUGCAGCAGCCCUUGACGUUAAGGGUAAUGCUGCAUUGAUAAAAAGUACCCACUAAUAAGUUUAGGGGUAGAAUACAGAUGCUCUUGAUCCUUGAAAAUUUUACACCCACAACGAGAACCUCUAGCUUGAAUUUAGUUCUCAUGCACAAUAACUCGUUCAACUGCUGGUUUCAUUGAUUUGUUGCCCGCAUGAGACUUUUAGUCAUCAUUCAUGCUUUGCAUGAUACAUUCUUAGGUUUUCAAUGACCUUGAAAUGUUAGCUUGAAAUGAUGAUGUCAAUUCCACCUUGAAGAAAAUGUAAAAGCACAUUGUAAAAUGUCUGUGCAAUAUAGAGUUAUUCUUAUCUUGC